ACUAGGCAACAGUAAGUGCAUCACUGGGAACGUGGAAAUGCGCAGGAGCCGCGCAGGGAAACCGAAUGGAAAGAAGGAUCUAAGCAGUCAAAAGAGCAUUUGGUGAAUCUCUACCGCUGAACCAUGACAAUCCAGUCGACAUUUUUGUAAGAGACGGGGGGGAAAGGUGCCCGAAAAGAGCCUGGCAAUCAGUGUCGAUGCGCGCAGCCAAAAAUGACGACAGUGGGACAGUGAUUUUCUUCCUCCAGCUCGUCAUUUUUUACAGUCAUAUGCUCGGAUGCAAUUCAUCUCCUAUGUAUACAGAUCACAAAGGAAGGACUGGAAACCGACUGAUCCCCAACACAGCCGCAAGUGCGCACAGAGACGUUCAUUCUGGAAACCGUUUCCAGCGAAAAAUUACGCGGAGAUAUUGGUGUUUAAUGGCGCACUGACGGAUUUUGAACUUUCGCAUGAAAACUUCCUCUGUGAGUACAGUUCUGAACAGGUCGAUAUAGCCCCAACCUCCACGGGCGAUGAGUAAUCCACGACGCAGCAACUGAUAAACCUGUAAAAACCUGGACUGCGACUGGCGCGUUUGGAUACCUUAUCCUGUGCGUCGCUCAUAUGACUUCAUAUGGCUUCUAUCUUCGGGGUUGGUAAACUACUCACACAUUGUUGAUAUUUCAUGGCUGUAGAGUGUAGCAACAGUCGCGUGUGGCGGAAGGGGACGAUGCAAGACUAACUGGGGCGAAGACAACGCACUUUUAUCGCCUUAUUUCCAAAAAGGAGACGUUGCGCACGGGCAUUAACGACUGCAGCAAGUACAACCCAGACUUUUUUUUUUUAUUUCAUUGAAUCCUUUGUUAUUUCUUUCGCUGCUGUCAUCGUAGUAUGUCUGCACUUCGAAAGAAAUUUGGGGACGAUUAUCAGGUAGUGACCACCUCAUCUAGCGGGUCUGGAUUCAAUCAACCUCCCCCGGAGAAAAAGAAGAAGAGGCAGAGGUUCGUGGACAAGAACGGGCGAUGUAACGUCCAGCAUGGGAACCUGGGUGGUGAAACCAGCAGAUACCUCUCAGACUUAUUCACGACACUAGUAGAUUUGAAAUGGCGCUGGAAUCUAUUUAUUUUCAUCCUCACCUACACAGUCGCUUGGCUCUUCAUGGCCUCUAUGUGGUGGUUCAUCGCGUACAUCAGAGGGGACCUCAACAAAGCUCAUAAUGACAAGUACACUCCAUGUGUGGCCAAUGUCUAUAACUUUCCCUCAGCCUUUCUCUUCUUCAUAGAGACCGAGGCCACUAUAGGAUAUGGUUACAGAUACAUCACAGACAAAUGCCCCGAGGGAAUCAUUCUCUUUCUUUUCCAGUCGAUCCUCGGAUCGAUCGUCGAUGCCUUUUUGAUCGGGUGCAUGUUCAUCAAGAUGUCUCAGCCAAAGAAAAGGGCUGAGACUUUGAUGUUCAGUGAACAUGCGGCGAUUUCUAUGCGAGAUGGAAAACUAACUCUCAUGUUCAGGGUCGGCAACCUGCGUAACAGCCAUAUGGUCUCUGCACAGAUCCGCUGCAAAUUGCUGAAAUCUCGCCAGACGCCCGAAGGCGAGUUUCUUCCGCUGGAUCAGUUGGAGUUGGACGUGGGUUUCAGUACCGGGGCAGACCAGCUCUUUCUUGUCUCACCACUCACGAUCUGCCAUGUGAUUGACACCAAAAGCCCCUUCUACGACCUCUCGCAGAGGUCCAUGCAAACAGAGCAGUUUGAAAUUGUGGUGAUACUAGAAGGAAUAGUAGAGACUACAGGGAUGACCUGCCAAGCGAGGACGUCUUACACUGAGGAUGAAGUUCUUUGGGGACACCGCUUCUUCCCAGUUAUCUCCUUGGAGGAAGGCUUCUUUAAGGUGGACUACUCUCAGUUCCACGCCACAUUCGAGGUGCCCACUCCUCCGUACAGCGUGAAGGAACAGGAGGAAGCUCUGCUCCUCUCUUCGCCCCUCAUGGCUCCGUCCCUCUGCAACAGUGGGGAGAAGAACAGCUCCCUGGACUGCCUGGAGACCCUGGAGGACAAUGACAGCACCACCAAGCUGCCCACCAAGCUCCAGAAGAUCACAGGGCGGGACGGCCUGCCCAAGAAGCUACUAAGGAUGAGCUCCACCACGUCAGAGAUGACUUACAGCUUUGGAGACCUGCCCAUGAAGCUGCAGCGAAUCAGCUCUGUUCCCGGUGUCUCUGAUGAUAAGCAGGCUGGUAAGGCCUCCAAGAUUAGCACAGAGCCCAUCAGUAAGUCAGUGGCAGACUUACCUCCCAAGCUGCAGCGACUGGCUGGGGGUGGAGGGGGCAGGAUGGACGGACACCUACCACCCAAACUCAGAAAGAUGAAUUCAGAUCGCUUUACAUAAAGCAGGCAACAUGUUUUAACUCAUGCCGCCCAUCUUUUUUUCCCUACCUUUAAGUCCUUGUACUAUUCCUAAUUUAUUAAUGGACAAUAUUCUUAUAUUAAAAGAAAUGUAGAAUAUGUGCACAAAUACCUUAUAUAAAGUAGGGUGAUGGAAUUGAGCACAUUUGUCCCUGGAUGUAGGUGUACAUGCUAUGAUGAAAGACCUCUUGACUUUUUUUCUUUCUUUCUUUCUUUCUAUUUUUUUUUAGGACGAUGUACAAUUAGCACAAUCUGGCAUGUAAGAAACAGCGCAUGUAGAACAGAAUCUCAAUAAUUUCUGGCAUGACAUUUAUUGAUAUAUUAUUUUACAAAAACAAUUUCAUUAGUGAAUUUACUGACAGUGAAAAAUUGCACAAAGCCAUAUGAUUUACAACGUGGAAAACUUACAUUACAUGGUUCUAAUUUGUGGUGGCGAAAGGCACAUACAUUUGUUUUGAGUUGACUGCUUUUGUUGUUUAAUGUAAAAUUGUGGCAAUGUUAUGUUGAUUGCAUGCUCCUCUUAUUGACUUAGCUAUACAAAGGUAAUAGACAAAGAUGUUUAGCCUUAACUAUAUUACCUUGUUUCCAUUUUCAUGUUUGUUCACAGCUGUAUUUUUGGUAUUUCAUAUAUAGACUAUUUUACCAUGUACGAUUUUAUGAAUUUAUUAGUUGAUCAAAUACAGAAUAUGUUGCUAGAUGAUGCGUUUUACAUUUGAAAAUGCACUAUCUGCAUCAUAUGACCCGUCUGAACUGGGCACAACGCUACGCAAUUUCACUUGCUUAUUAAAGUAACACUUAAGUUGAAGGAGUCAAUACUUGUACUUGAUAAGCACAAAGCAAUCAUUAUACAAUACCCUAUGAUAUUAGAGAGCAUUUAUGGGCAUUCUGUCAUAAAUUAACUGCUUAGGGCAGUAGUUCAGUACUGUGCAAUCACAUUGUUUCAUUACAAAAUCAGUUUAAUCUGCAGUAGGCCUGUGUGGUCAUAUGAGAUACUCCAUUAGAAUUUCAACUUAGGUGUUACUGGUUAGAUUUAGAGGUGGGCUUGUAAGGAAAUCAUAACCUUUGUCUUAAAGGCCCACAUUCUCUCUCCUCUGUGAUGAAAGCAAUAAUAUUAUAAUGACUAUAAUCUUUAUAUAGCCACAGGGUCUACCACAGCCCUAUAUUCAUUCUGUUUACUGAAUCCAUGCCAUAAAAUCCGGUUUUCUCUAAAUGCAUCAUAGACAUUGUAUGAUACCCAAUCUCUUCAGGAAUAAAGAUCUAACAUAACUGUUUAGCAUCUUGCUACUUUGACCAGAUGUAAUGCAUGCUUCCAGUUCAAAUCAAUAAAUUGUUAUGAAUAAGCCUAUUACAGGGGGUGGUCAAAAUGAUGGAAGACCAACAACACUCUUACCUCACUGUAAAGAGCUGGCCUGUGUGGCUGCACUUACCACCAUAUAGGUCUAAUCAUCACCCAAAGCUAAUCGUAUUCAAAUCACUGUGGAUAUAACAGUUUUUACCGUUCACCUUAAGGGAAUAGUGACGUGGAAAAUAUGAUUAUUUGCUUUCUUACUGCAAGUUAGAUGAAAAGAUCAAUACCACUCUCACAUCUGUACAGUUCAUAGGAGGCUGGAGUCAGCAGCCCGUUAGCUUAGCUUAGUUUAGCAUAAAGACUGGAAACAGAAAUAUCUUAUAUUUCUUUAAGUGGAAAACCAACACACCACUGCAUCAUACAGCCCCCUGAUAAAAUGACUAAUUGUUAUUACUAUACCUUUUAUACAGAUCAAACAAAUGACAUUAUAUGUCUACAUGACAUGCUAAACUUUGAGCUUAGGAGUUGCUUGUAGUUUGUUUCCUUUGGACAGAACCUUGUUAGUUGUUUUCCAGCCUUUAUGCUAAGCUAUGCUAACUGAUGGCUGACUUUAGCCAUGCACUGUAUAUUUACCAUACAGGCAUGAUAGUGGUAUCAUAUUCUCAUCUAACUCUCAUUAAAGAAAGUGAAUUAAAUGUCAAACUAUUCCUUUAAUGCCAAAAUGCAUAAUGAUAUUCUCUUGGAGCAACAAUUCCUCUAUAUAUCCAGCAAUCCAUACUGUAAUGUAUGCACUUACAAAGCAGAAACAGAAAGUCAAACAUGACAUACUGAUACUGAACAUGUGUUCUAAUAGAUAACUAGACCAAAACCCUGUCAAAAAUCUCAGGAGCAAAGAGGCAGACGAUUGUAUCUUUUUAGAGUGAACAGUACAGUCUGCAGACCUUUUUCAAAAACACAAAAGAUACAACAUUCACAACGGAUCGCUCAUGCUAUUUUUAUACAUUUAUCUUGCCUUAUUGACAACACAUGCAGGGCUGCAAAUUGAUGUGAUCCGUUUCUAAUUCUGGACCAAAACUGUGCCAGAUAAAGGAUCCCACUUUGACACAGAGCCAAUGUCACUGCAAGAAGUCUUUUCCUCUGGCGCUUUCAUUGUUUUGAUCAUACCCUGUGUAAUCACUGCUGCUGUUCAUAUUUCACAGUGCACUCUUUGUUGCUGUCAAAUACACUGUGUAAAUAAUAACUGUAUAUCAAGAGAUACCUUAAAGGACUUGUGGAGAUAAACUCAGUCCCAUGACUGUAGGUGUCACAGGCAGUUGGGUUGAUUCUGAAUGUCUCAAAUAAACCCAUGGGAUGGAUCAGAAUAUAAAAA